AUGACCCUUGGCAAAGUCACACGGUGGCUUGACCAGAUUUGCGCCGCGGAGUGCGAAGAGACGCAGUUCCCUACCCCGCUCUCUACGUCGCCUCCCCAGCCCUCCCUGAAACGAAUCCACGACUCUGAGACCACAAUAAAGGAGCCUUCCAAAAAGCAACGCAAAAGUCAAUUGGAGAGCGCGUCCGACACAUCCUCACAGCUGCCUACUCUUCGCGAUGACGGGACAUUUCUGUCGCAGCCAGCCUCAACGGCCAGUCAAGCACGACAGUGGUCUCCCAGCCCAGCCCGCCAUAAGACGCUAUUAGCAAAUGCAACACCGCGAGUAUACUAUUUUCACGAGCGGGACGAGCCGAAAGAUUUUACUGCCAAAAGCCUAUUCGGGUUUCUUUCGCAAGAAACGAGUUGGCGACCAGAGUCAGCUAAGAUCCAAGAGGCAGCCACCGGGUCCUGGAAAUGUGCAAGGCAACAGCGAAGUGAGAGUUCCUGGGUAACGGAGGUCACUCGGCCUAUGUUGCUAGCAUCCAUCGGGGACCUUCCUCUAGAAGCCUGGGGCAUAGUGAAUCGGCCCACACCUGCUACCAACCGCAAUAAACCGCCCGAGAUCGAUGUCAUCGCAAAGUCGACUACGUUCACCAACGGUUACGCCAACCAUGUCGACCACCCUCAUACAGGAGCCCAAGUGUUAGGUGCUGGCUGUGAGAUUAAACCCAAAUAUGGAAAUUUGUUGGAAGCUGAGAUCCAACCUGGAGUCUGGGCAGCCGGGCUCUUCUCAUGGGCAUUUGAGCAUCGAGUAGGGCCAGAUUUGCCACCCCCAUUGGUCGGCUUCAUCUCCGUGGGUGAGUCGUGGGAGUUCUAUAUCAUAUAUGGCGUACCGACCGAGGUCGGUGAGGACAAUGAGUUGCCAGGGCUGGCAGAAGUGCACGUUUGGGGCCCAUUAUCUGACCUUGCUGGUCGGACCUCAACUGAAAAAACAUGA